AUUGACUGGCUACGCUGACACUCUGAGGCUUAACGCGUUCAAAAUAACCGCCGCUAUUUCGACAAGUGGUGACAAAAGUAUUACAUUACCAACACUUGUGUAAUAAUCACAUUUAGCAAUCUAGAUGUCUGCUAGAGUAGUACUGAGCCUAGUAAAGACAACAUGAGUCGGGAUCGGCACCGUGGAGUUUUACCAACAACAUUUGGCUUUGCUGUGUACAUGUUUCUCCUGAUACACCACGGUGGCAGUAAGUGCGUGCAUAAAACUCCACGACACUUGAAGAAGGAAUGCUGUAAGAACUACUGUCCCGAAAACCAGUGUCUCGAGGAAUGUACUGACUGUGUCAGCGGCUUCUAUGGGUCUGACUGUAGAUGGAGCUGCCGGGGAAACUGCUUUAAUGGACGAUGUGCCCUACUGGCCAAUGGUCGAGCCGUCAACUGUACGGAGGGGUGUGUGUUGGGGUGGAGGGGGUUAACAUGUAGUACUAGGUGUAAGCGUCCGUGUCUGGAGUGUGACAGAUACACGGGAGAUUGUGUGGGACAAUGCAGGGAUGGUUUCUGUGGACCUGGGUGUUUACAGCGAUGUCCGUAUCCAUUUUCGACGUGUGACAAAAGUUGUGUGAGGCCGAGGAAACUAAACAUGACUCAGGCAUUGGGGCAGACACAUGGAAAAAGCCACAUAAACAAUGCACACGGCAGUUACAAAGAAGAGCAUCCCCAACAAUCGGCAGCUGAGUUAACACCUGAUUGUGGCAGGUGGCAAAUCUCCCCAUAUUUUCACGCAGGCGUAGCUGUAUUAGCUGCAGUAAUAGGUGUCAUUGUCGUCGUCUCCGUGAUCAGACUGAAAGCAAGGCAAACGAGGAGUCAAAGGAAGAUAGAUGCAGUUGAGAAACCACACUCAUGCGAGGAGUCUCAUCGGUUCCUUGCUGCGAAAUCCAACAUCAAUUCUGUCAUUCCACCAUCCCGUGCUGAUGAAGGAGGAGGAAGGGGCCCUGUGACGUGUGUGACUGAAAUGGGUAUUCUUUUCCAGAAUAACCAUUAAAUCAUUGCAUUAAAGAGUGAAUGAAUGUGGUUUUACACCGCUUUUAGCAUUGUUGGAGCACAAUCCUGGCAGAGGACACCUGUAAACGGCUUGACAUAAAGACCACUAGGCAACUCCCACUGUAAUAUUGGGGACAUAUUCAUGUUUCAUCACACAGCAGUCGAGUAUUCUCUUUAGCUUAAACAGGUUAAUUAGUCUGUACAACAUGAACACAUGUUUCAAUAUAUGUCUUUUUAAAAGCCCCAAAAGGCUCCAGAGGACAUUCCACAUUUCCGCUACUGAUUUUGACCUCAACAGGGCAACCAACACGUUGUACAGAAUAUUCACUCUCGUCUAGAGUUGCCCCCCUUACACUGUCGAUCACUAUGUGUAUUUGUACAUCCAACAGUUUUUCUGAAAAACUUUAUAUUAACUUUAAUUUAACUUUUUGCAUUCUUUGAUUCCUUUACAAGAAUUUACGUCUUUCUUUAAACAGAUGAACAUUUAUACAAAUAUGAGUUAUAGUUAUAAGAUUACUAUCCCAAUUUCAUUGUACCAGGAGCAAAGAAAUAUGUAUGCCGAAUAUUGUUUGAGAAGUUAUCGUUGAUAAACGUAGGUUUUUUUAGCUUUUAACCACCACCUAUGCUGUAUAAAAGAAACUCUUCAUUAAACAGGAAGUUCAACAUG